UAAGACCUCCUCUCUAGUUCCGGUGUGGUUAUUUCAGGAAAUCUAGAUAGUUUCGAGGUUGGCUGACAACAUGGUUUCUGUGGAGUGAAGACAGCAACAUGGUGUUCGAGUCUGUGGUGGUUGACGUGCUGAACAGGUUUCUCGGCGACUACGUGGUGAAUCUGGACAGCUCGCAGCUCAAACUAGGGAUAUGGGGAGGUGAUGCUGUACUCAAAAAUCUUGAUAUCAAAGAAAAUGCAUUGAGCCAAUUGGAUAUUCCAUUUAAAGUUCGAGCAGGACAUAUAGGAAAGCUUGAAUUGAAGAUACCAUGGAAAAAUCUAUAUUCUCAGUCAGUGGAAGCCACUCUUGAUGGAGUAUACCUUCUGAUUGUUCCUACUGCCAGUAUAAAAUAUGAUGCAGAAAAAGAAGAGAAACAGUUACAAGAGGCGCGACAAAGGGAGCUGCAAAGAAUUGAAGACACUAAACUGAAAGCAGCUGAACAAGAAAAUCCCAAAUUAGAAAAACAGGACACUUUUGUUGAAAAGCUCGUCACUCAGGUAAUUAAAAACCUGCAGGUGAAGAUCUCCAACAUCCAUGUGCGAUAUGAAGAUGAUAUUACUAAUCCUGGUUCCCCUUUGUCAUUUGGAGUAUCUCUUCAGAAUCUCAGCCUUCAGACAGCAGAUGAGAAUUGGAACCCAUGUCUACUGGAUGAAAAAGCCAAGUUAUUUUUUAAGCUUGUUCGUCUGGAUAAUCUCUUUGCAUACUGGAAUGUAAAUUCAGAACUCUACUCAGUUCACAGCCCUGGAGAAGCCCUGAGAAGUUUGAAGACCAGCAUUGCAAUGCACAAUUUGAUACCACAGGACUAUGAUUUUAUAUUUCGUCCAAUAUCGACCAGAGCUAAACUUCGUAUGAAUCCACGUGCAGACGUUGACUUUUCCUCACCAAAAAUGGACUUGGUCGUUAACCUCCCAGAAGUUGCCAUUGAUCUCAACAGACCUCAGUACAUAAGCAUUUUGGAGCUUCUUGGAUCCGUGGAUAUGAUGUCAAGAAAUUUGCCAUACAGGAAGUACCGACCAGAUGUUCCUGUUCACACAAAUGCUUACCAAUGGUGGCAGUACGUAAUAACAGGAAUAUUGGAGGUGAAUGUAAAGCCUGGUCUUCACAUGUGGUCAUGGCACCACAUCCGGAAGCACAGACAGGAAGUGAAGAAGUACAAAGAAUUGUAUAAAAUGAAAAUAACCAGCAAGAAGCCAAGUGAGGAUCUUUUAAAGAGACUUGAGCAACCUGAAAGAACAUUGGAUUUAUUUAACAUUACGCUGGCGCGUCAGCAGGCUGAAAUGGAGGCUACAAAAGCGGGGAUGAGGAUCUACAGGCCGGGUGUGAAAGUGGAGGAACAAGAAUCGGGUGGCUGGCUUGGGUGGAUGUGGAGCUGGUCAGGAGAGAAAGAAACUCCCAAAAAAGAAGCCAAAUCUGGAGGGUUUGAUGAGCUGAUGACACCUGCAGAAAAAGCUAAACUGUACCAAGCAAUCGGAUACAGUGAAGCUGCUGUUGAUCCCACCCUGCCAAAAGAUUUUGAAGACAAGAAGAUUUCUUUCCAGUUGUUGAACCUGUCCAUUUCAAUCAAAGAAAGUCAGAAAAAGGUGGACAUCAUCAAACUUGCUGUGACUGACUUAAGUGCAAUGCUGACACAGAGGCCUGGUGCUCAAGCAAUGAAAAUAUCUGCAAAGUUGAGUUCAUUUGAAGUCACAGGCUUGCCAAGGAACAAACUGGUGCCGACCCUGCUGUCGUCACGAAAUGUAGCCCUAGAAAACAAGAAUCCACUGCUGAGCGUCAUGUUUGAGACCAACCCUGUCGAUGAGAGUGCAGACCAGAGGUUAAGAAUAGAGUCUCAGCCUCUAGAAAUUGUGUACGAUGCUUUGACAGUGAACAGCAUGUCAGACUUUUUCAGGCCACCUGAAGAGUUGCAGCUUGAUGAACUGACUUCUGCCACUUUGAUGAAAUUGGAACAAUUCAGGGACAGGACAUCAACAGGCCUUAUGUAUGUUAUUGAGACACAGAAAGUUUUGGAUCUGAAAAUAAACCUCAUGGCUUCAUAUGUAAUUGUUCCACAAACUGGCUUCUAUGAUUCUUCAAAAAACCUGGUAGUCUUGGACCUUGGACAUUUCAAGGUCACCAGUAAAAGUCGCAAAGAUCUGCCCCAGCUAACAGUGGGACAGAGCACUAUUGAGGAUAUUAUGUCUAGAGCCUAUGACAGCUUUGAUGUGCAGCUAAGCAGUUUGCAGUUGCUUUACAGUAAACCAGAUGAAAAUUGGAAGAAAGUGCGGAAACUAAAACAAUCCCCUCUUCACAUUUUGGAACCUGUUGAUUUGAAAGUGAUCUUCAGCAGAGCUAUGGUUGUAACAGAUUCAAGAAUGCCUAAAUUCAAAGUGUCGGGCGAGUUGCCCUUGCUUUCGGUUCGCAUUUCGGAUGAGAAGGUGAGAGGUGUGCUGGCAUUAAUUGAUAGCAUCCCAUUUCCAGAAAGUCGUCCUGCCCCACGUGCCUCUACAUCUCACAGUGCUCCCAAGGUUGCCAAACAAACAUUUACUCCUCAGUUAACACCAAGAAACCAGCCCAUGGCUAGUCUUCGAUCUUCCAUAGUUUUUGAGUCAGGUGUGCUGUCGGUACAGAUAUGCCGUCUUUCUGGAGACAAAGAGCUGACAGUCUUGCACCUGGACAUCGAGGGACUUGGUACAGAACUUAAUUUACGAACAUUUGAUAUGACAUCCAACACUUUUCUGAGAGAGAUCUGCUUGAAAUGUCCAGAAUAUAUGGAUACUGAAGAUAAACCAGUUCACAUUAUCACAACUCUAGACAAUACAGAGGACGAUCUUCUCACCUUAGAGUAUACUAAGGCAGAUAAGAAUGGGCCAGAAUUCAGAACUGCUUAUAAAAAUACAGAGCAGCUUAUAAAGGUGAACUUUUCAUCAUUAGAUGUGCAUUUGCACAUUGAAGCUCUGUUGAAUAGCAUUAACUUCUUGAACAACCUCCUACCAGUGUCAGAGAAGAAAGACACAAUAGAAGAACCAGCCCUUGCUGCAGGAGAGGAGAAGAAAGAAGAGUCUAGUCUAGCCAAAAAACUGACUCCUAAGAAGUCCAAAUUUGAAGAUGUAAUCAGUUUGCAUGUCCGUGCAGACUUAUCCUGCUUGAAAGUGUUUAUCCGAGGACAGAAGGGACACAUUUCAGAGAUAAGUGUUGAAGGUUUGGACUCUGAAGUUAUGAUGAGAAAAAAAUCUGUAGAAGUACUGGCAAAGUUGAAGAACAUUGUCAUUUUAGAUUGUGAUAAAGAAGCUCUGUAUAAAAAAGCUGUAUCCAUUGUUGGCAAAGAAGUCUUCAGCUUUCGGAUGAUCUCCCAUGUUGAUGCUACUGAAGGUGAUGCUUACACAGAUAUGAAUAUAGUUGACAGCUGUGUCUCCUUAACUGUUGGGUGCAUCCAAGUCAUCUUUGUAAACAAGUUUGUCUCAUCUAUACUGGCCUUCAUAAAUAACUUCCAGACGGCUAAGGAGGCAUUAACUGAAGUCACAGUUCAAGCAGCAGAAAAGGCUGCUACUGGAGUGCUGGAGCUUGCAGAGAGGAGCACACGGAUUUCACUGGACAUCGAUGUGAAGGCUCCUGUUGUUUUUGUACCUCAGUCUUCAGUCUCGAGGAAUGUGAUAGUGGCUGAUUUUGGUCUUGUGACUGUAAAGAACAGGUUUUCAAUGGUAGAAACCAAAUCUCAGUUCAAAAUUCCCCCAGUGAUUGAUGGCAUGAAAGUUGGGCUCAGCAACCUAAAAUUAUACAGAACAAAGUAUGAGAACAACAAUUUUCAGCAUGAAAUUCAGUUACUGAAGCCUGUAAACCUGGAUUUGGAAAUUGAGCGUAAUUUGUCUGCAUCCUGGUACCACAACAUUCCAGACAUCAACAUAAAAGCUCACCUCAAACCAAUGAACCUUGUACUCGGCCAGGAUGACCUGACUGUUGUAUUGAGAACUCUGAAUGAAAACCUAUCAGAAAGUCCUGACAACCCAGCUCUUCCAGGCCCAGUGGAUAAGUCAGAUACUGUGUCUACAAAGGAUUCACAGAUAUCACAGAAUUCUGGAGGGAAUACAGUUGUUACUGCCGCUGUUGUGGAGUCACAAAAACCUACAAAAUUAAAAACCACCCUCAGGCUGGAUUUUAAAUUUGAUUCAUUGACAUUGGUAUUAUACAGCCCAAAUGGAAGCGAGGUUCAGAUAUUGGAUUCUAGAGAUGAGCUCCUGAAACUGGCUGAGUUCAAGCUUGGAUUGAUUUCAACAGCUGUGCAGAUGUUUUCUGAUAGUUCCAUGAAAGCUUCUGUCAAACUUUCUAAUUGUCUUCUGGAUGAUAAGCGGCAGAGAGUAAACAAAAUUACUCCAAGGAUGGUGGAAAUGAAGGCCAGUGCUGAGAAGAAUGUGAUGGUGGAAGUCAACUACAAGCAGGGGAGGGAGGGAACAGUCCUCGACACCAUUGUUCAAGACAUAUACCUCUGCGCUAGCAUGGAGUUCUUACUCACUGUCGCCGACAUCUUUGUCAAGGCCAGCCAGCAAGGUUUCUCCACACCACAGAAAACCAAUAAGCAAACCACCACCACAUCUAAAGAACCAGCUCCUGCACAACCUCUGGCCAAAACUGAAAUGAAUGUGCUGGUGAAGAAUCCAGAGAUAGUGUUUGUUGCAGAUCUGACUCGAGCGGAUGCCCCUGCUUUAGUGAUGACAGCCCAGUGUGAAGUCUGUAUGAAGACUGAUCCAGAGGUUCAGAAGAUGACAGCCGCCAUUAAGGAUCUAAAGAUUGUCGCAUGUCCUUUUUUAGGAGAGAUCAGGAAAAAUAACAUCACUACAGUUCUUCAGCCAUGCGAAGUGUUUUUCCAAAGUGUACAGUCACCUUCCACACCACAAAAACUGGAACUCACCAUACUGGCUCUUGCACUCAAGGUUUCACCAAUUAUCAUCAACACCGUAAUAACAAUUACUUCAGCCUUAUCCCCCACUGCAGAAACUCCCCAGGAGCUAGAGAGCCCCGUCCCACCCAAUCUGUGGGAUAAGAAGGAAUGGAAAGAGCUGAAACUUUGGUUCCUGGAUGAGGAAAAUGGUGAUGACUCUUAUUCUGUGACUCCUCUAGUUCCUCAGGGUGAAUCCCUGCAAAUGUCUAUAAACUCAAUAUUACUGACUCUGGAAGCUGGAGUUGGACACAGGACUGUCCCUAUGCUUCUUGCAAAGUCAUCAUUUUGUGGAAGUGUGAAAGACUGGAGUACUCUCAUUAAUCUCCAGAGUCAUCUUAAAUUAGAGGUCCACUAUUACAAUGAGGUUAUGGGUGUGUGGGAGCCUCUGCUUGAGCCAUUGGAGGAAGAGUCUAGUGACGGCUUCCGCCCAUGGACCUUGGGGAUUAAGAUGAAAAAGAAGCCUGUCAAGUACACUGCAAUAUCUGAUGAAGUGGAUUAUAAUGUCCCAGAUUAUAAAACUGUAAUCACCAUCAAUUCAAAAGAUCAGUUGAACAUUACUCUGUCCAAAUGUGGACUGGGAAUGCUUAGCAAUCUCGGCACGGCCUUUGCAGUAGCAGCUACACAAACAGCAGAAAACUUCCAGAAAGACCAAGCACCAUUUGUGAUAAACAACUGCUUGGGUCUCCCUGUGACAGUAGCGCAUGGUGAUGUUUUUAAUGCGGUGGGCAAAGAUUCAAGAAACAAGAGUUUUGAGAUGCAGGUCAGAGAGAGCGUUAACAUGGAUUAUGCCAGGACAAUGAGUGAACACGACCAGUUCACAGCUAUGACCAGCCUGAGUGGAAAGAACUACUACAUUCAACCUACUCCCCUUGGCCACUCUGCAGCCAGUAGAAUUCCUCUCAUCAAAGUAGGCCAAGGUCUGUACAGCGUCAUGCACAAGGAUUCAACAGUGAUGCGCUUCAUUGUUUGUCAGAUCUAUUCCGUGGAAGGAAGUAAGGUCAUAACAAUUCGUUCUCCAUUUCAAAUCAAAAAUCAUUUUUCCUUGCCGUUUCGUGUUUAUGAAGGUGACAUGUUUUUGGGAACGGCUUCACCUCAGGAAGAUUUCUGCAUUCCUUUACCAUCAUACAGAUCAGUCCUUACUCUACAGCCCAUAACCGAAGGUGAAGAAACCUAUGAGAAAUCUGAAGAAUUUACUUACGAAUCUGUCACACAACAAACUGGACAAUGUGUACAAAAGAAAUGUAUUUGCUCUGGACACAGUGACCGCCUCAUGGUCAUUAAUAUGGUCCCAGUCCAAGACACCUUAACCUCCAGCAGCACAGAGGAGAAGUUUGAUGAACCUUACAUUUUACACUUGUGGCCUACGGUUCUUCUCCGGAAUUUGUUACCUUACCCAAUUACCUUCUCCCUUAAGGAGAAUGUAAACUCUUCCUCUACCAUGCUCAAAGAGGGCCAUUCUGCCCAGAUUCAUAAUGCCAUAAUGGAGUCUAAACUGGAGCUUCACUUGCUGGAUUAUCUUAAUCAGAAGUGGAAAGGGGAGUACUUUAUUAGAGAAAAAGAGGAAGAAAUCAGCUUCAUUGCUUUCAGCUCUGUCAAUGAAGAGGAAAAGAUGGAGCUUGAUAUUGCAGUGCAUGUGACAUACAACACAGGGCAGACCAUUAUCGGACUGUACUCUCCUUACUGGAUGGUUAAUAAAACAGGUCGGCUGUUGCAGUACAAAGCUGACGAUGUCCAUCGGAAACAUCCAAAAGACUACAAUAAACCACUCCUUUUCUCUUUCAAACCUCGUAACUUUUUUCAGAAUAACAAGGUGCAACUCAUGGUGUCCGAUAGUGAGCUAUCUGACGAAUUCUCGCUUGAUACUGUUGGGAGCUAUGGUGAUGUGAAAUGCAAAGGCAGGAAUAAAGACUAUUUGGUUGGAGUGAAAAUUGAUGCCAGUAGCUUUAGCCUCACAAGGAUUGUUACCUUUGUGCCAUUUUACAUGCUGGUCAACAGAACAAAGCACCACAUUCAAAUCACAGAAGAAGGUCAAAAGGAAUGGACAGUCGCUGACCCUGAUCAGCAAGGUGUACCAUUUUGGCCUGAGAAGGAGUCAAAAAAACUAAUGAUUAAAGUUAAGGAAUGUCUCUCUCCACCACAAAAAAUAGAUUUCCAUAAGCAGGAAAACUGUCUACUAUUGCACCUGGACAACAAGCUUGGUGGCAUCAUUGUGGAUGUUAACCUCACUGAACAUUCCACUGUCAUCAGAUUCUCUGACUAUCAUGAUGGUGCGGCACCAUUUCUGAUCAUAAAUCACACUAAAGCAGAGACUUUAGAAUUCUAUCAGAGUACCCAGAAAGAAAAGGAUGAGCUACAGCCAGGUAACGCUGUGUACUACACCUGGACUGAGCCAACUGGUUCACGGAUUCUGAAGUGGAGGUGUGGAAAAUACACAGGAGAACUGAAAAAUGAAGAGGACAAACUGAAUGACUUGGACAGUGAAGGAAAGCUUUUCUUGGUAUCGUUCUACGAAGGACUGCAGCGCGUAGCAUUGUUCACAGAGGACAACCAUGUCUACAAGCUCCUUUGUGAAAGUGAAAAGGCUGAGCUUGCAGAGCAAGAAAUCAUUCUGUCCUUACAGAAUAUGGGAGUGUCACUGGUUAAUAAUAAUACUAAACAAGAAGUUUCCUUCAUAGGAAUAACAAGUUCUGACAUUGUGUGGGAAUCAAAACCCAAAAGCAAGUCCAGAUGGAAACCUAUGAGUAUCAAGUACACAGAGUUGUUGGAGAAGACCUUUCAAGAAUAUAUUGAUAAAGGACCUGUUGAUUGUCUUAUUAAAGCCUUGGACCCCAACCUUCAGGUUUAUUUAACUCCAAAUGGCACAGAUAUGAAAAUGUUGGCUCCCCACGAAGCUCCAAUCCGGAGAAACUUCUUGCCAGCUGUGAAAGUGGAAUACAGUGUGUCUGCUCGCCAGAAAGCUUAUAGAGUCCAGGUUUACAGAAUACAGAUUCAAAACCAGCUUCCCGGAGCCAUCUUUCCCUUUGUGUUUUACCCCAUAAAACCUCCAAAGUCUGUCACAAUGGAUUCAGAACCUAAACCUCUGACUGAUGUCAGCAUUGUGACAAGGUCUGCAGGACAUUCUGAUAUAUCUCGCAUCAAAUAUUUCAAGGUGUUGAUUCAAGAAAUGGAUUUGAAGUUAGAUCUGGGAUUCUUGUAUGCUAUUUUAGAUCUUUUUACCCAAGAAAAUGCCAAUGCAGUUUCAUCUGAGCAAGAGGUGGAGUUGUUUGGAAAGGAUCUUGAGUACCUUAAAACGGAACUGAAUCAUGUAUCGGCCACAGACACUUCAGCAAUUAGUCUUUAUGAGUAUUUUCACAUCUCUCCCAUCAAACUACAUUUAAGUUUUUCCCUAAGCAGUGGUGGUGAAGAUGGUAAUAAAGAAAAGCGAAAUUCAGAACUUAUUCCCAUUCAGUCCCUCAACCUGCUGCUUAAAAGCAUUGGAGCCACUUUAACUGAUGUCCAGGAUGUUGUGUUUAAACUAGCUUUCUUUGAGAUGAACUUUCAGUUCUGCACAACCCAGCAGCUACAAUGGGGAGUCAUCAGACAUUACUCUAAACAGGCAAUCAAGCAAAUGUAUGUGCUUGUCCUUGGACUGGACGUCUUGGGAAAUCCAUUCGGGUUAAUACGAGACUUGUCGGAAGGAGUUGAAGCUUUUUUCUAUGAGCCCUACCAGGGAGCUAUUCAAGGUCCUGAGGAGUUUGUGGAAGGAAUGGCACUAGGAGUUAAAGCCCUAGUGGGAGGGGCCGUAGGCGGUAUAGCUGGGGCAGCGUCCAGGAUCACUGGCGCCAUGGCGAAAGGGGUAGCAGCCAUGACUAUGGACGAGGAGUACCAGCAGAAACGCAGAGAGGAGAUGAACAAAGAGCCCAGCGGCUUCCGAGAGGGUAUAACCCGCGGAGGAAAAGGUUUGGUAUCGGGAUUUGUCAGUGGUAUCACAGGGAUAGUCACAAAACCCAUAAAAGGGGCUCAGAAGGAAGGAGCUGCUGGCUUCUUCAAAGGAAUGGGCAAAGGACUCGUGGGGGCAGUAACACGACCGACCGGAGGCAUCAUCGACAUGGCUAGCAGCACCUUUCAGGGCAUUAAGAGGGCAACAGAAACAUCCCAAGAUGUGGAGAGUCUGCGUCCUCCACGCUUCAUCCAUGAAGACGGAGUCAUCAGGCCUUACAAGGAGAGAGAGGGGGUUGGCAGCCAGAUGUUACAGAAAAUAGAAAAUGGAAGAUUUGCCAAAUAUAAAUACUUUGCUCAUGCCAAGGUGAAUGAUUCAGACAUUUUAAUGAUCACAAAAAGCUGCAUAUUCUUUGUGACAAAAGGAACGUUUGGACAGCUGACCUGCGAGUGGCAGUACUGCUUUGAUGAAUUUACCAAAGAGCCCAUAAUUGUUGAUGGAAGGAGGCUGCGUAUCGAAGCAAAGGAGAGAGUGAAAUCUGUGUUUCAUGCCAAAGAGUUUGGGAAGAUAAUAAACUUCAAAACACCUGAAAUUGCCAAGUGGGUACUUGCCAAAUUAGAAGAUGCGAGAGAGAGCCUGCCCAAAUGCUGAAAGCUCCCAGCAGAAGAGUGCUUGAUGAAAAAUGAACAUCAAAUCCACAUUUCUCCCUUUUAGUGCCUUUGAUGUUCCUGCAUGCAUGAGAUGGAUAACCAUGCUGUGCAAAAUGUUUAAUGUUAUACUUACUGAGUUUGUAAACAGUAAAUUUUACUUAGUGAAUUUUAUUUCUAAUCUGUUUAUAUGCGAUUUCAGGAGGUUGUGCCUAAUUUUCUAGUCUUCUUUGCAAAGUGCGCAGUUUCUUGGUAUUAAAAUUAAUGGCCCUGGUGCUGUCACAACAUCAACAACAGCACUAUGGUUUCACAUUGAAUUUUAAUAGCAGUCGCUCUUGACACUACCAGUUAAUCAAGUGCCACACUUAUUAUUGUCCAGAUGAAAGUGCCAGCAAAUUUUCCCUUUACACCUCCAUUUUUAUUUUUAAAAUAUAAUUCUGAAGUCUUUUCUAAUUGCUGAUGUUAUGAGUAGCAUUUCAGAGAGCUUUAUCCCGUUACGGAUGUUUUCUAUUGAAUGUAUUUCAAUUUAAUCCCAUAAAGAGAAAACUCCUUGUUUUCAUAUCUAUUUAAUUAUUUUCUGUUAAGGCAAAAGUUCCUGCAUGUUGAUACUGUUAUGAAUAGCAGUAUGCUAUGUACAGAAGCAUGUUAUUUUUAUAGUCCACAAGAUGCAUCUUUUCUUCUUUGGAGUUUUUACUGGUUUUGUUGUAUAUUGUUCCAAUUUAUCAAAAAUAUAACAAUAUCAAAAAGGUUCUUUUGGGUUUUCCGUAGUACUAUUGGACUGUACAUUCAGUCCUAAUUAAAACAUGUGUAUAUUAAGAACAUCUCUUAAGUUGUAAUUUACAAAGCUGUAAAAUUAAAAGUGAUAAGAUUUAAUCGGCUACUUCUCAGAGUUAUACAUUAAUAGCCAUAACAGACAAAAGUGUGUUAUUUUUUUGUUUUUGUUCAUUGAACCUAACAGUGGGGACAUUUUUCAUAAAGCUCAUAAUCGUUGAAUGUUCCUUUGCUUUAAGUGUUCAGAAAUAAACAGGCAAAGUGAAGUGUAUUGUGUACUAUAAUGGUGAUCACUGGUGAUGUCUGGACUGUUCCCAACAAUUGUUCCUUAACCUUGCAUUUUUUAAUAAAGACUGAAUUAAUCUAUC